AUGGCUCGCAGAGACAGAUCCUACUCCCCCGACUCAUCUAACAAAAGGGUAAGACCAUCUCACCGCUCACCUCGGUCUCCUUCGCCAACGCGGCGCAGCACGCAGAGGACCAAUGGCCGCUCGCGGUAUGACGACGAGAGAGGCUGGGAUAGAGAUAGAGACCGAAAUAGGGAUAGGGAUAGGCCCCGCGACAGAGAUAGGGACAGAGACAGAGACAGAGACUGGGACCGUCACCGUGACGAUAGAUACCGUGACGACAGAAGGCGGGAUUCAUACCACGACGACCGACGACGCUCUCGGAGCCGUUCUCGUUCUCGCGAGCGGAGAGUACCUACACCGUCCCGUCCCACCCAAUCUGCAGAGAAUGUGCAAACCCCUCCUCCCGAAGACAAAAACUUCAAAGCGAAGAGGGCUAAACUAGAAGCAUGGAAGAAGGAACGGGAGGCGAAGAAAGCUCUUGACGAGGCCAAGGCCAAGGCCAUGGCGUUGGCCGGUAAAUCCACUCCAGCUCUGGUCGCGUCGACUUCUGCGCCUAAAGCCGGCCAGUUGAACCGCUCAGCCCUUAAUGGCCUUGGGCUCAAGGGCCUUCCUUUGAAGCCUGAGUUCGCAAAUGCCGCAAAGGGUAUUGGAGCGUCCCUGGAUGACUCCGUGGAAUCCAAGAGGAAGUUGGAAACCCUGGGUGACAUGCCCGCCAUCGACAUGACAAUGGCUGAGGAUGAAGCUGGUGUCGGAGAUCUGGAAGUUGACGAUGAUGACGAAGAGGCAAAUCGGAUGGACCAGGCAUUGAAGGCAAAAGCCAAAGACGCUAUGGAUGUAGUCGAAGACGACGAAAUCGACCCUCUGGACGCAUUCAUGUCUGGAGUUAAGGAGGAAGUCAAAAAAGUCAAUCUUGAAGACAUGAAGAAGAUGUUCGGCGCCGACGCCGAUCGCUCUAGAAUCAGGCUUGAUGAAGAGGAUGGGGAGGCCGACCAAGUUGCUGGUACUGCUCCAGAUGAACUAGACGCUACGGACUUGAACCCAGAAGAUAUCCUUGCCCUUGCUGCCAAAAAGGCCAAGAAGAAGGAGUUGGCUGCUGUUGACCACGCCCGUAUCCGCUACGAAGCCUUCCGCAAAGAGUUUUAUGUUCCUCCACCGGACAUUGCUGCUAUGUCGGAGGCAGAGGCAGAUCUCCUUCGCCUCGAGUUGGAUGGAAUCAAGAUCCGCGGCGUUGAGUGUCCUAGACCUGUGACAAAGUGGAGUCAUUUUGGGCUACCUGCAGUGUGCCUCGACGUCAUCAAAAGGCUCAGCUAUUCAGCACCAACCUCUAUCCAAGCCCAAGCUAUUCCUGCGAUCAUGUCUGGUCGUGACGUGAUAGGUGUGGCUAAGACUGGUUCAGGAAAAACUAUUGCUUUCCUCCUCCCUCUUUUCCGUCAUAUCAAGGACCAACGUCCCUUAGACCAGAUGGAAGGUCCCAUUGCUGUUAUCAUGACCCCCACUCGUGAACUUGCGGUUCAAAUCCAUCGAGAAUGCAAGCCUUUUCUAAAAGUGUUGAAUCUUAGAGCCGUUUGCGCUUAUGGCGGCUCGCCGAUCAAAGACCAGAUUGCAGAACUAAAAAAGGGGGCUGAAAUCAUAGUCUGCACGCCCGGUCGUAUGAUUGAUCUAUUGACUGCCAAUUCAGGUCGUGUCACCAAUCUCAAGCGGGUGACCUAUGUCGUGUUGGACGAAGCUGAUCGUAUGUUUGACAUGGGUUUUGAACCCCAGGUGAUGAAAAUCGUCAAUAACAUACGGCCUGACAGACAAACGGUCCUCUUCUCCGCGACAUUCCCAAAGCAAAUGGAUUCCCUCGCCCGAAAGAUUCUCCGAAAACCCCUCGAAAUCACAGUCGGUGGGCGGUCAGUUGUUGCCGCGGAAAUCGAGCAGAUUGUUGAAGUACGGCCGGAAGAAACUAAAUUCAACCGUCUUUUGGAGAUUCUGGGGGAAAUGUACAACGAGGAUCCGGAAUGCAGGACUCUCGUGUUCGUCGAUAGACAGGAAGCCGCUGAUAACCUUCUUCGUGAACUCAUGAGGAAGGGCUAUCUAUGCAUGUCCUUGCACGGAGGCAAAGACCAGGUUGAUCGGGACUCGACAAUUGCGGACUUCAAAUCUGGAGUGGUCCCUAUCGUCAUUGCGACGUCUGUUGCAGCUAGAGGCCUUGACGUCAAGCAACUCAAGCUCGUAAUCAAUUACGAUGCACCCAACCACAUGGAGGACUACGUUCACCGUGCCGGUCGAACUGGUCGAGCUGGUAAUAAAGGAACUUGCGUCACCUUCAUAACUCCGGAACAAGAGAGAUACUCUGUCGAUAUUUAUCGCGCUCUCAAAGCUAGCAAUGUCACAGUGCCACAGGAUCUCGAAGAACUGGCGAACGGGUUCUUGGACAAGGUCAAGUCAGGGAAAGCGCAAGCUGCCGGAUCUGGCUUCGGUGGCAAAGGUCUUGAUCGGCUUGACAAGGAGCGUGAUGCAAAGGAGAAGGCGGAACGGAAAGCAUACGGCGAGCCUGAGGAAGAGAAGGCUGCUGUUGCUGAGGAGGAUACGGCGAAAGUUGCUGCCGCUGGUGACGACAUGACGUUCGGCAACUUCAAGGUCGAGAUCAAACGUGGACCUGCUCCCGAUUCCUCCAAAGGCCUUCUCGGAGUUGGCGGGGCUGUUGCCGCUGCUCGACGCCUGGCACACGCGAAAGAGGAGGAGAAGCUGCAGACCCAGGUACGCGCUGCGGAAGAAGCGGCCGCACGUGCUGGAAAGGAUACAGCGGCCCACAAGCAAGCUCUAAGCGUUGUCGCGAAACUCAAUGCCCAGAUGCGUGCUUCCAAACUCGUCCUACAGUCCCAGUUGCAGGCAGAGGAAAAUGGUAUCAACAUCAGUGGCAAGAAGAUAAAUCCAGAUUCCACCGAUUUCCAUGCAAUCAUCCCCAUCAACGAUUAUCCUCAGAAGGCCCGUUGGCGCGUCACCAACAAGGAGACAAUGGUUCAGCUCAUCGAUAUGACUGGUGCUUCGGUCACCAACAAAGGCAUUUAUUAUGAGCAGGGCAAAGAACCUCCUCCUGAAGGUCCUCCCAAGCUCCAUCUUCUUAUUGAAUCAAAUGAAGAGUACCGGGUCGAGCAAGCUGUCAGGGAAAUCAAGAGACUGCUCAUCGAGGCAAGCGCAGCUGCUUUACAGGCCGAAAUGCGCAAUCCCACUGUCACAAUCGGUAGAUACAGCGUCCUAUAG